AUGAAUCACAUAGAAGCCUUUUCAAAAUAUUUUAUCUUCACAUUUCCUGAGAACAUAAAUUUUACACAAGUUGGAAAAAUCGCAGCUACGGGACUGAAAAUACAAAGUGCUUUUUUUAGUCCUCUUGGAGAUAUUCCCGGGCCCUUUUCUAAACGGUUCUUUGAAGGUUCAUACUUUUCUAAAAAGAAGCCAGGGAAAAGAGAUUACCACAAUAAAUAUGGACACUUAGUGCGUAUAGGUCCUAGCAAAAUAUCCGUGUCUGAUAAAGAUAUAAUAAAGCAAAUAAUGGUAACUGAAGACUUUGAAAAAAGCUCCAUUUAUUCCAAAAUGAAAGGCAAAGAUGAAUGGAAUACAUUUAACAUGAUUGAUAAAGAUACCCACAAGCAACGACGACGUCUUGUGUCUUCUGCCUUUUCUAUCAAGUACAUAAAGUCUCUUGAGCCACUUUUUGAGAGCGUCACCGAAUCUUUUGUCAAAAGAAUAAACCUUGAUACGGAACGCACAAAAGAAGGCGAUGAAUUUGGCGUAAUUGAUAUUUGGCAGCUACUAAGAUGCUUGACUCUUGAUGUUAUCGGUGAAACGGCCUUUGGUGGCACAUUCAAUAUGCUCGAAAAUGACGAUCAUGCUGUAUCCAGAGCAAUCGUUAAACUAACUAGAGGGGUUGAGUUUGUAUUCUAUACUUCACCCUUGGCUGACAAAUUUGUAUCGAAUAUUAUAUCUGAACGCACACACAGCAAAGAAAAACGAAAUGACAUUCUUCAGAUUUUAGUCGAUACCCAGCACGCAAAGAACACUAAAGAUCGUAUGAAUUCACGGCAGAUUGCCUCAGAAACGGGGUUGUUUCUUAUUGCCGGGUCAGAGACCACAAGUAAUACGAUUGGAUUUGCCUUGAUUGAGAUGUGCCGUAACACCGAUGUCUUGACAGAACUUUAUGCUGAAAUUGAUAAAGUUGACCUGGAUGAAGGAAGAAUCUUAUUCCAUCAAGAGCAGAUCAAAAACCUUCCUUAUCUCAAUGCUGUAAUAAAAGAGACAAUGCGAUUAAAUCAUGUUGCAUCCAUGGGGCUUGAGAGGAUGGUUACUCAUGAUAUAAUUAUAAAAGAGAAUAUAGUUGUACCAAAGGGAACACACGUAAGAUGCUGUUUACAUGUUGCUCAGAUACACCCUGAUUACUGGCCUGAGCCUCUGACCUUCAAUCCUAAUCGUUGGCUCAAAAAUGCUGAUCCAGAACCGUGUACUGAUGCUUUCUUCCCGUUUAGCUUGGGAUCACGUAACUGCAUUGGAAAAGAUUUUUCCAUGAACGAGAUGCGUCUUGUUCUAGCUACACUUAUAAAAAAUUACGAGAUCAAGCCAAUUUCUGAACAAAUGAAAGCCUCCGAAGAAAAACACCACUUUUUGACACUGACCAUCGAAUCCGGAAGCUUUAAAGUUCGGAUGAAGCCUAGAGCUACCUAG